ACUACGAGUAUUUGGUCAUGCCUUUUGGCCUAACCAACGCCCCUGCUGUAUUUCAAGCUUUGGUUAAUGAUGUCUUGAGGGACAUGGUGGGGCAUUUUGUGUUUGUGUACCUUGAUGACAUCUUGAUUUACUCACAAGACCAGGAGACGCAAAACUGCAUGUCCGGUCUGUUCUUCUCCGCCUUCUCCAGAAUCACUUAUUUGUCAAGGCUGAGAAGUGUGAAUUUCACACCACCUCCACUUCCUUCCUUGGGUUCAUAAUUUCCCCCAAUCAAGUCAUUAUGGAUCCCUCCAAGGUUAAGGCGGUUUCUGAGUGGCCUACACCUUUAGAUCGCAAACAGCUACAAAGGUUUCUGGGGUUUGCUAAUUUCUACCGCCGUUUUGUUCGCAACUACAGCCAGGUUUCUGCCCCUCUUCACGCCAUCACUUCUCCCAAGGUCAGGUUUGAAUGGAAUGAUCAGGCAGAGGAGGCCUUUGUCAAGCUCAAGAAAUUAUUCACCACUGCUCCAGUUCUCCGGUCCCCCAACCCAGAAAGGCAAUUCAUCGUUGAGGUUGAUGCCUCCAGCACUGGGAUCACUGUCCCAUGCUGAACGCAACUAUGAUGUGGGGGAUCGAGAACUCCUAGCAGUCAAGCUGGCUCUUGAGGAGUGGAGGCACUGGUUGGAGGGGUCGAAGGAGCCGUUUCUUGUCUGGACUGAC